AUGGACAAGCCUGCUGUCCCCAAAUUCACAUCGUUUCGCCCACUGAAGCGGCAGAAGAGCACAGGUAAGGACGACGAGAAGCCUGCGCAACAUGAUUCGUCGACAACGGCGAGGAGCGAUGUAGCUACUGAUCGCCGGCGAGGAUCGAAUGUCCAUCCUGUGCUGAAUCCCAUCGAACGUCAUGAUGCGAAGAAACCACCGGCUACCAAAGUUGACCCGCUUGAUGACCAUGACAAUGUGAGCGACUAUUUUGUCGACCGGCGCGGCGACUCGAAAAACGUGCAAUUCGGCAGUAUUCAUCGUUACGAUGUGCCGCGUUAUCGGCGAGGUGGGCGAGGAUUUGUUAUUGGCUCGCCGAGUGCUAGGUUCGGUCGCGGUGAAGACAGCAAAGGAAUCUUCACAAUCACGAACGUGCAAGAACGCGAUGACAGGAGAGGAAUAAAAGUGCUCUCUUCGAAAAACACGCGCCUCAAAGAUGACGGACUUCAACUUAUCACAACGCCAGGGAGCCACAAUAAUGCAGAUCCAAUGACCGAGUUCAUCGCGUUAUCGACGUCUCGCCGAGACAAAGAAGGAGGACUCAAUGAAUCUGACAAACUCGACGAAAUUGAUUAUCGCUACGAAGCAAAUGAGGCGAGGACUGCCAAUCCCACCAAUGACCACCCAUCGUCAGAGGACGAACCACUAGCUCCCCCAAUCGACAAGCAGCAAGAGCGAAACGCAUCAUUAUCUGCAAAGACUGCAUCAGAUCCACAGGACGUAGAGGCUUGGCUUGCACUUGUAUCACAUCAGCGCGACGUAGUCAAGCCGAGCGAUCCUGCAUUGACCAAACCCGAAAGACGCGUGGUGGCCGAUCUUCGAAUAGCGAUUCUGAAGAAGGCCCUCAAGAAAGUACCCGUGACCACUCAAGGGAGGGAUCGCAUUUGGAUGGCUCUGCUCGAAGAAGGAAAUCACAUUUGGCCAUCUUCUACGACGGCGAGCAAGUGGGAAGAGGCUUUGCGAGACUGCUCCUUAAGCAGUAAUUUAUGGGUCAAGCAUUUGGAAUUUGUCCAGCGCGAUCCUGUAGCAUUUCAGUUCGAGCGAUGUAGACAGGCAUAUAUUGACUGCCUCACGGUGCUGCAUCGCAAUGUACUGAAUUCGAAGGAAAUCGAAAGGACCACUACUGCACAUCUGCAGCUCAAUGUUCUUCUUCGUUUCACGCUACUACUGAAGGAUGCCGACUUCACCGAGCUUGCCUUCGCAAUUUGGCAAGUCUUACUAGAGUUCCACUUUUUCAUCCCACCAGCCUUGGUCCAAGCAAGGAGUGAAGACCGCAUUGCCGCGAUAGAAGACUUUUGGGAAAGCGAAGUCCCACGAAUCGGAGAGCUGGGGGCUACGGGUUGGUGUAAUCAAGGGGAGCAUGUUGAGCGACAAAACAUACCAGAUUCAGAGAGCGCGCCGGUUGUCCAUAAAAUCCAGUCGUGUGUGACAGCAGCUAAAAGCGAUCUCUGGCGCAGAAGCCACCAAUGUCUUCCUGCUUCGGCCGAUGAGGAGGAUACAAAUGAUCCUUUCCGAUUCAUCAUGUUCUCAGAUCUUCGGGAAAUCCUCGAGCUUCUGACAAACGACUUGUCUAAGCAUGAACUUUUCAAUGCUUGUAUGUCGUUCUUCGGUUUGCCCGUUCUUGCGGUCGAAGACGACGCACUACAACCUGUCAACCAUCUCAGUUUGACGGGGCAUCAAACCUCCAUGGGCCACGACGAUACAGAGCACGCACUGGCGACGGAGUCCAAGACCCAACCAGAGGCGAAAGUAAGAAGUCAACAGGAGUCCGUCGAAUCUUUGUUCGAGAAAGAUGCUUUCAUGAUGGCGCCGCAUACCACUCUGCAGUCGAAUGCGUUGAAAAGGCAGUCGAUGCAAUUUGCCGACAGGAUCAUUGAAAUGCUUGUGGCUCGUGAAUCCUCUCCAGACUCGAUUGCCGCUUACCAUAUCGCAUUUCGGGCACAGCUGUACCCCGAAAGCGCUCCUAAGACUGCCAAACACUACUUGUACAGUAGACCAUCUGGUUUUCAGCUACUCAACGCCUAUGCAUUGGCUGAGGCACACCUCGAGCACAUCGGCAAAGCAGAUAGGCUUUGGCUUUCUGCGCUGCAAAACCGUUUCAAAGUUCCGAUGGGCGUGGAAGAUGCGAUUCUAGUCUGGCACGCAGCCAUUUGCUUUCAUCUACGAAACGGCGACGAGUCAAAAGCGCUGGGCUUUCUCGCAACAGUUGCAUCAAGUACUCCGGACGAUCAACUAUCUGUCGAAUGUACGAGCAUGUCCGAAACUGCUCUUCACGAAAUCCGACAAGAGCUCAUUGCAGGCUUUGACAAGAUGUAUACGUCCCAGAAGCUCACACGAGCCAUUCUGUAUGCCGACUGUCUUGCUCUGUUGUGUUAUAUCAUCACUUCACACGAUCUAGCCGAGGCUCUUGAUGUGUACGAAAUGUAUGAUACGAGGCUUCUCGAGCCAGACUGUCGACCAGCUGCCGAGCUUCUCGCCCAGUACAAAGCAGAUCUGAUACGGCUUCAUCUUGAUCGGCGGAGGGCCUUUCGGAUAAAAGACGUCGAAAAAAGCUUAAUUUCAAGCCUAGCAGCAUUCCCAGAGAAUUCCAGUCUCCUUGCUGCACAUCAUCACGUUACGGCUCAAGAUAGAGUCCGACAAUUGCUCAAGCAACCGCAGAUGCGACAAGGUCAGACUAUCUCACCCAUACAAGCGAUAUUCAGGAUUGAGUGCGAGAUUGAGAACGAAGAAAAGCGCACAUCCGGUUCCAAUCAACACACAGUCCGAGCCGCCUUCUCGAAUGCUCUUCUCGGAGUUGAUAGUACAGUCAGCCAUGUUCCCUCGUUAUGGUUCCGAUGGUUACACUUUGAAAAGACGCAAGCGCAGACUGCCACAGAUCGCAAGCAAAUUGGAGACGCCAUAGCUAACAUGAAGAUGGUCUUCAUGGAAGGGUUGAAACAUCUGCCAUGGGUGAAAUCAUGGAUCACAGUGGGAAUUGUCCUUCUCGGGGACGUCAUGCCUGACGCAGAACUGCUGCAGAUUUACUCAUUGGUUGAAGAGCGCGGACUGCGAGUCAGGACUGGGUGUGAUGCCCCUUAA